AUGUCAUCAUACGGAGAUACCAUGUAUCAUCCUUCCCCACCCUCCUCUAGUGGCGGCGGCCUCGACUCCGCUGGUGGUACACCUUACACCUCGGUCACAGCCUUCUCCCCUGAGGAUGCUAGAACCCUGAAGUCUACUAUUGUCAAUUCUGGCGAUGGUACAUUGGAAUCAAACCUGCAGGACCCUUUCGUCUCAACUAGCACGCAACCAAGAGGUAGGCUGUCUGCUACGGCAUCCACUUUCCGACCUUCCUUUGAGGUGAGAGCUACCCCUGCAUCUGCCCCAGCUAUUGCAGAUGGCUCGGCCCAAAAUGACAAAAUACCCGACCCCUCUGAUUACUUGGAACACCUCCUUGCUGCUCAGGCUGCUCAAUCUCCAGGUCGUGCAACACAGCAAGCCGAUGCCACUCAGUUCGGUACCUUUACCACUGAUACCCAUUCAAGCCGCUAUAUUAAGGUUUCAGGCAGCAACAUUGCUACUUUCCUCCCAACUGUCGAGGCUUCGAAGAAGGUAUGGUUCCUUUGCUUGUUUACUUUUAAAGUUCGUGACCGUGGAAUUGCCAAGAGAGGAUCUGAGAGACGUGAAGAGAUGGGCGACUCCUACUACCUUCGCCUGUCAAACAUCAGAGAUGCCAUGGAACUUUACAAUGGAAUCAAGAUGAACAACCCUGAUUUAACUGUUGAAUACAUUUCUCCAGUCACCUUCGGGAAGCUCUUCAGCCCCGGCGGCAGAUAUUCUGCGCACGAGGCCCAGGUUGUUUUAACUGUCAAUUAUCCUGCUGCCUCCAAUCCCGACAUGAAGCUGCUUGAGGAUGGCCUUAUUCAGAUGCUUGAGGUAGAAGGCAGACUCUAUGCCUGGCAGAAGCUCUCAGCUACUCCAACUGGCACCUUUCGUAUGGUUGCUGAAUACGAGGAUGCUACACAUGCACCGAGAUCCGUUAGUCGUAGCCGCAAAAUCAACGAGGAUCUCAAGUUACAAAACGUCACCGUAUCAAUUGAUUUGCAUCGGCCAGACUUUCCUGAGCAGUUUCAAUCCCAACAAAUCUCCCCUACUGUUACCCCUACUCGUCGCUCCGGGGAGCAGUCGGGCCUAAGUGAUGCGCUUGGAAAUAUGUCGCUCCAAGGUUCUGCCCGCUCUGCCGACAGCGCAGGUACUCCUGCCGGCACAAUACCAACAGUUUCUAGCAUGCCCUACAUGGCGGCCAGUUCCGGUUUCGCUAUGCCGAACACCCUCCCAUUCGUAAUGGGUGGCAACCUAUAUGUGCCUUCCGUCGUUGGUACCUUCCAGCAGACAUAUUCGCCUGGUGUUCUUCCUCAAGUCAGUCCGGGUCUAGGGGAGCCACUGUACCACCCUUACACAACCCCUUCGUAUCCACACGGCGGGUUCCAUCAGCACGGUUUCGGCAUUCCAAGCCCCGACUUCCAGCAGCCUAACUUUGGCAAUGAAUUCGGUUACUAUAACCAGAGCUCACCUGGUCCAGCUCGUGAUCACUACAAUCGUCCAAAUGGCCGUCGCUCUUAUGCCCCCAAAGCAAACCAUACCCGAGACCGUCAUCAACACAAUUCUGCAAACUCUCAUCAUAACCACGUCGAUAUCAACCGCAUCAGACAGGGCAUCGAUGUCCGUACAACAGUCAUGCUCCGCAAUAUUCCAAAUAAGGUUGACCAGGCGAUGCUGAAGGAGAUCGUUGAUGAGUCUAGCUUUGGCAGAUAUGACUUCAUGUAUCUCCGCAUUGACUUCUCUAAUAAUUGCAAUGUGGGUUAUGCAUUCAUCAACUUUACGGACCCUCUUGAUAUCGUCGAUUUUGUGGUAGCCAGAUCAAACCAGAAAUGGCAUAGGUUCAAGAGCGACAAGGUUGCGGAGGUUUCCUAUGCUACCAUUCAGGGCAAGGACUGCCUCGUCCAGAAGUUUCGCAACUCCUCGGUGAUGCUGGAGCCACCUCAUUAUAGACCAAAGGUAAAGCUCCUUAUACUACCUAAUUCCCUUCCUUGUCUGACUUCUUCCCAGCUGUACAAGACUAUCCAUGAUCCAUUUGGUCAUGCGGGCGAGGAGGAGCGCUUUCCUGAGUCGGACAAUGCCUCAAAGCUUAAGCGAAGCUGUGAGAAUGCGGAGCACGUUGGAUUGUUCGCACCCAGCGCUGGCCAGCACUUGAGGGAUGAACAGCGCCGUCGCCGUUCCCAGUACGAUCGUGGCACCAGCCUUGCAGAGCGUGAGGAGUACGGCUAUGACGAUUCCACACUGGAAGAUCUGGAUGAGUCCUACUACUUCUUCACACGUAAUUUUGCCUUUGCUACAGACAAAAUUUCCAUGAAGCGAUGCACUCGUCUCAGCUAGAGAUAAUACUGUCGAUCACAACACCCC